AUGCGUUCACCGUCCUUCUGUAUUGCGCAACUCUUGAUUGCUCGCCAGUAUCUACGCGCUGCCGAACUUAAUGCUGCCAGUAUUGCGGCUCCAAGCUCAGCCGUACGUGUCAAUGGCUUCGCUUACUUCAGCUCGGGACGACAUGCAAGAGUGGCUACAAACACAUGGAAGCGCGUUGCAAUUUCUGAGAAUAUCACUCCACAGGCAAAAUGCCUCACAUGCACGAUUCUGGCACCCAACCCAUCCAAAGCGGAACCGCUCGAGCUUAUUAAGUGUCUGCCAAAGCUUCUGUUCCCUUUCCAUCGCUCUCUGCGCAAUCUCACUUUCUUCAUCACUCCCGAUUUUCUCCCGUGGUUUAAUGAGAAAGAUGACUUCAUGCAGAAGGCUCUGGCUCAUAUGCAUCAAGAGUGGUCGGCCUCCAUUGACAGCAUAAGUGCUGCUUACGAGGGUUACCGACACGUUAUUCAGUCUCGUGUGGCGGUUGUAGAUAGGAUUCCAUUUCCUGAUGGAAACAGCUCGGGCUGUGCAGGCAUAUCAGCUGCAAUCACUCCGUGGAGUGGCAGGUGGCUGCGGGAGAGUGAUCUUCCAGUGGGCUUCAGUUCGAGUGCAAAAGGAUCUCCCGCAGUACCGCAAUUAAGUCUGAAAGUACCCUUCACUCACAAGAAAGGCGAGAUGAAGCAUAUGAGGAUUCUCUUACAGCCAGCGAACACCAUUUUUCUUAAUGGCCUUCAAUCGACGAUGUUUGUGGAAAGCUGGGUCUUAGAUGACAAGGUAGAAAGCGGGCCAACAUUCUCGAGAGACACAGCACGUGAACAUGUUAACCGCUUCUCAAUGAACCACUUGGCUGAAGCCUCAACAUUGACAGUGCCAUUGAAAAGACUAACGGAGACGAGAGAGAUCUCCAUGUGUAUGGGCAACAUUAUCAGCAAGCUUGUCAGUAAGAGUGAAGCAGAGUCUAUGUCGGCGUCAUUGGAGCUGGAAGAAAAGGUAUCAGCAUUCAUGAGAAGCAAUGAUGCGACGGGCGGCACGCUGUCUGUGUAUGCUCUGAUAAUCCCUAAAGCAUCGGACCACAAACGCUACGAAGAAGGGCCAGUCGUGCCAACUGAGUUCCUUGGCUACCACAAGUCAGUUGAAAGCACUGACACCACAGACGAGAAGCAAGGGGUCCUAGACUCUAUAAGGCUUGCGAUCUCCAAGGGCGCUCAUUUACACAAAGUCACUAGUGGGGGAGGAGGCUGGGGUAAAAAACAAGGGCUUUUGUCAUUGGAACCAGCGUUUGACCAUCAAGGGUCUGGUUUCAGCUCAACGCAAGCCUUCGAAGAUGUCAAGGAUAGACUUGAUAAAGGUGAACCUAUCUGGGGUCAGCAUACUCCGGAGAUUGCUCGCCCAGGAGAUUUGGUUGAGUUCUACGGAUUCUUCUUGUCUAACAAGGAAGAAGAAGCGCUAAUCCGCAAGGAAAGCCUCAGGACUGCUCUGAAGGUAUCUGAUCUACAACAAUGGUCUGCUCAAGAAUGGGCCAAGCAAGAGGUGUCUAGUGUCGUCUGGGGUGUUAUACCUCCUCAGGAUUCAAAUAGUGCAAGCAGCUUUUCUCCAUUCGGGAACAAUUUGGUCGCUGUCCCUAAUCAUUUUGGAAUGCUCUCCGAGAAAGGCAUGGUUCUGCAAAGAUUAGACCGCGGGAGCGACAAGCGAGCACUUGGACAGUCUGCAGCUACCAGUGUCCGUAUGAGCAGCAUUAGUAGGAUUGACGUCCCUCACACUUCAUUGACUUACUCUAUACCUACUAGAGCCGCAGCCCGGAAAGACUCCAAGAAGAAGAAACCGGAACAGGACGCCCCUACAUUUACGAGAGUUAGAUAUACUCUUGGCCAAACAGAUGUCACAUCUCGAGAAGAAGCGCGCGUACGCCGGGCCAAAAAAGCGCAAAUGCCUCGACCUGGCAGGAAGGGCAUUGGACGUGUCUUCAAAUACAUAGCAAAUUCGAGUGCAAAAUUGACUUAG